AUGCGUAAAUUAUCUCUUCAUCGAGUGUAUGGUUGUUCAACUGCUCAUCGUAAUAGCAUUAUUGGUUUACCAGAUAAUCGUGUUGCUUGUCUAGCUGGUUCAUAUUUAGUUAUACUUGAUUGUUUAACGAAUGAACAACGUUAUUUAUCUUUUUCUGCAAUUGAGUUUCUUUAUAUAUCAUCAAGCGGUUUAUUAAUGGGUGUAAUAGACCGUUUUACACACAAUGGAGAUACACGUAUACAUAUAUACUCAACAAAACCAAUUGAUUUAUUAUGUGUUAUCGAACCAGAUCGAUUUGGAAGUUUUAUUGGAAUAACAAUCAAUAAGAAUGAUAAUUUACUUAUGAUUUUACAUAACGAACCAGCUUAUAUGAUUACAAUUCAAGAAAUGCAAAUUGAAUUCGAUGAACAACAUAGAUUCGAUAUGACUGAUUUGGCUUCCGUACGUGUUGUUCACGGAUCUGUUUUUAAUCGAAUGAUAAAAAAAGAAAUUACACCUCAUGUAGCAUUUGUUAGUUUUUGUCCAUAUUCAUUAAAUCUUUUUUGUGCAACUGGUUCAGCAUUAUUUAAACUUUAUGAAAUUGAUAAUCAAAAUGUUAAUCAACAAACUGUUCAUUUUCGAGCAGAAUUUUAUAUAUUUACAUGUCAUUGUUGGCUUGAUGUUAAUAAUCCAAUAGAAAUGUUGAAAGAUGAUUUAUUUACUGGUACUAGUAAUACUAAUAUAAAUAGUUUAUCAAUGAUUAAUGAAAAACCAUCAAAAAUUCAUUUGGAUAGCCCAUCAAAAAGUAAUCAAAUAUCAGAAGAUAUUGUUUUAUACCUUGAUAUUUGUGCAUCGAAAGAAAUAUUACCAUAUUUUAUAGUUUCAUUUCGAGAAUACAUACUUGUGUUUACUCCAAUCACUGUUGAGCCAUUCUUUCAAAUAAUAGCACGUUAUUGUCUUCAAAAAAUAAAAGAACAUCAAAUUGAUUUUGAAACACAUAAUAUUCAUAAAAUGUCAUAUAUAUUCGAUAAUAAUUUCUCAUUCAUUUAUCUUCUAACUGAUCGUAAUCAAAUAUUUCGUUAUAAAAUUAAUCAAUCAAAUAAUAAUAUUGAAUUGGAUGAAAAACAUAUUUAUGGUUUCCAGGCAUAUAAAAUUUUAUCUAUUGGUUUAUGUGCUCAUAAAUCUUGGUUAAUUACUCUCGGUGGUGAUAAUUCAAUAAAAAUAUUUGAUUAUAAAGAUAACAAUCGAGAAAUUAUAUCAAAAUAUAUUCCUGAUAAUGCAUGUAUAGCUACAGGAUCUGAUCCAUACGGUUUUCAUAUAUGUCUAGCCAUGAAUAAUUGUUUUCAAUUAUAUUUAAUAACACACUAUGAAUUACGUAUGAUACAUCAAUAUGAAACACGUAGUAUACGAGAUCUUGAAAUGAGUCAAUCAGGACAUUUAAUAGCUGUUAUAACAAAUAAUAUAAUAAAGAUUUAUUCAACAAUUCAUUUUAAUUUAAUAAGUCAAUUACGUGGUCAUGUUGGAAAAAUAAAACAAGUUCAUUGGUGUAGAAACGAUUCAAUUCUUAUUAGCUGUGGAACAGAUGGAAUGAUUUACAUAUUUAAUAUUUUUACUGGUAUGAGAGAAGGUGAAAUAAUAACAAAACAAUAUCGUUAUAUGGGUAUUGCUGUAACAAAUGAUUGCAAUCGUAUAUAUGCCAUAACAUCUAAUUCAAGUAUUAAAAUAUUUAAUAACACAAAUCUUGAACAAGAAUGGCCAAUUGAAAAUGGUUUUAUUCCAUCAGCUAUUUGUUUAUCGAAAUCUGAACGUUUACUUUAUGUUGGUAUGACACAUGGAAUGAUUCGUGUAUAUACAAGUCCAUUGAAAAUUGAUACUUAUAUUGAUAUACCAGCACAUUAUUCAAGCAUACGUCGUUUAUUAGUAUCAUAUGAUGAUGAAUAUUUAGUAUCGAUAGCUGAAUCUGCUUAUAUACUUCUAUUUAAACAGACAAUAAAUAAUUUAAAUUCUGUUUCAAGUCAAUAUCAAUUUUCACAAUUAUCUAUAGAAAAUGUCGACAUUGUUAAUGAACAAGAAAGAACACAGACAAUAUUUGAAUAUAUUUUAGUUACAAAAUCAGAAUUUGAUGAAAGAAAAAUAAAAAUAAAAGAAAUUCAAACACGAAUUAAUGAAUUUGAAGCAGAAAAUAAUUUAAAAUUAAGUUCAAAACAAUUAGCAUUUUCUAAACAUUUAAAUAAUUAUUCAAAUAAAUUUCAAACAAUGAUGAAACAACUUAUCCAUACAUAUGAACAAUUAAAAAAUGAAAUUGCAAAUGAUAAUUGUAAUUAUUUCAAUCAAACAAAUGAAAUAGAAGAAAAAUAUAAAAUACUUCAAAAUCAUACUGAAGUUAUCUAUGAAAAUAAAAUGAUAGAAACGCUUACAUGUAUUCAAAAUACCCAAUCUCAGUUAGAAAAACUUAAAACAGAAUAUAAAAAUAAAAUAAUUGAUUUCAAUAAUAAAGAACAUAUUAAUUUAACUGAAAUAGUUAACAAAAUAAAUGUGACCAUUCAAUCAAAAUGGCGUUCAGCUAUUCAUAAUUAUGAAACAAUUCAAGAAAAAGAACGUCAAAUAAAUGAAUAUAUAAGACAAACGGAAAUAGAUAUUGAUGAUGAAAUUGAAAAUGUUAAAACUAAUUAUGAAAAAGAAUUACAAUUUUUAAGUGAAUAUGCAAAACGACUUACUUUGACUGUGAGCACUCUUCGUAAACGUUACAAUGCUAUAAUCGAUCGAUUAGAAUCUCGUGAUAUCAAACGAAAUGAUAUUGAAAAAGAAGUUAAAGAAUUAUACAAUCGUCAAUCAGAACUAAUUGAAAAACUUGAUCGGUUUCGUUUAAUUAUUAAAAAGAAAGAAGAUCGUAUUGGUGCACAUGAUAUAAAAUUACAUCGUUUACAACAACAUAUAUUACAUGUUGAAAAACGUAAAUAUGUUCUUGAUUAUAAAACAAAAUCUUUAUUAGAACGCAUUGAACCAAUCGAUCAGGAAAUUAUAAGAUUAAAAACAAAUAAUCAAAAUAUUGAACAACAAUUAACAAUUCUUAAACGACAGCAAAAUGAUUUAAUUUUACGUGAAAAUGAUUAUGAAACUAAAUUGAAUGAAUCAUCGAAACAAUUAAAUCUAGCAAAAAUAAAUCAUCAAUAUAUAUGGAAAAUAGUUCAGCAACAAAAAGAAAUAAUUAAAAAAGCAUUCGAAUAUAUUGAAAUAAAUUGUACAUUCGAUAUAACAAAUCCAAAUAAUAAUCCAAGAGAACAAUUUAAAAAAUUUAUUCAGGCUAUGUGUAACACAAUACAAAAUGAACAACAAACUGAAAAUCAAUUAGAAAUACAAGGAUUUAUGAAAGAAUGGAAUAAUCAACGUAAAUGGCUACUUAAUCAAUUGAAUAAUCUAACCAAAUAUACUGAAGAAAAUAAACAAUCGUUUGCUAAUAUUCAACGUGAACAUCGUAAAGCUAUUGCACCAUUUAUACAUCAACUUCGAGAAUUACAUAAUCUAUUUGAUGAUAUUCAAAAAAAAAUUCAAAAACGUUUAUUAACAUUAAAAAUUAAAACAAAUGAACAAACAGAAUUUUUACAAAAUAUAUCAGAUAUAUUACAUGGAAAUAAAAAAGUUCAUUUAAAAAUACAUAAAAUAUGUCAAAAUGAAAUAUUGAUUGAAACUCAAGACAAAGAAAUGGAUCGUUUAAAUUCGAUUAUAUUUCGUUAUCAAUAUUCUACAUCAUGUUUAGAAUCUAGUCAAAAAAAAUUAAUUCAUAAUAAUGAAAAUAAUACAACAAGGUCAACAAUUCCAUUAUCAUCUAUAAGAUCAUCGACUAAAUAA